UGUAACCUCGUGAGGCUGGCAUGCAAGAUGGCAGGACAGCCCAGCCACAUGCCUCAUGGAGGGAGCCCAAACCACCUCUGCCAUGUGCUGGGGCCUGCACACCCUCCAGACCCACAGAGGCACCCAAACACCCUGUCUUUUCGCUGCUCACUGGCAGACUUCCAAAUCGAGAAGAAGAUUGGCCGAGGACAGUUCAGUGAGGUCUACAAAGCCACCUGCCUGCUGGACAGGAAGACAGUGGCUCUGAAGAAGGUGCAGAUUUUUGAGAUGAUGGAUGCCAAAGCCAGACAGGACUGUGUCAAAGAAAUUGGUCUCCUAAAGCAACUGAACCAUCCAAACAUCAUUAAGUACCUGGACUCCUUCAUCGAAGACAAUGAGCUGAACAUUGUGCUGGAGUUGGCUGACGCGGGCGACCUCUCACAGAUGAUCAAGUACUUCAAGAAGCAGAAGCGGCUUAUCCCUGAGAGGACUGUGUGGAAGUACUUCGUGCAGCUGUGCAGCGCUGUGGAGCACAUGCAUUCCCGACGCGUGAUGCACCGAGACAUCAAGCCCGCCAACGUGUUCAUCACAGCUACGGGCAUCGUGAAGCUUGGUGACCUCGGCCUGGGCCGCUUCUUCAGCUCAGAGACCACUGCAGCCCACUCGCUAGGUAAGAGGCCUGUUGGAACACCAUACUAUAUGUCACCUGAGAGGAUCCACGAGAAUGGCUACAACUUCAAGUCAGACAUCUGGUCCCUAGGCUGCCUGCUGUAUGAGAUGGCAGCUCUCCAGAGCCCCUUCUAUGGAGAUAAGAUGAAUCUCUUCUCCCUCUGCCAAAAGAUUGAGCAGUGUGACUACCCGCCUCUCCCGGGGGAGCACUACUCUGAGAAGCUUCGGGAACUGGUCAGCAUGUGUAUCUACCCCGACCCUAACCACCGACCUGACAUUGAGUAUGUGCACCAGGUGGCUAAACAGAUGCACGUCUGGACAUCCAGCACCUGAAUGCCACACCUCAUCAAAGCCAAACGUCACUUGUCUUACUUGAGUCCUCUCCCCAAGUGGUACCUGGAAGCCCCCACAGCCAAGACCAGAGGACUCUCAGCUGCCUCCCAAAGGUGGCUACCUCUGCCACUGAGCUGAAGGCAGCUGGGUUAUGGUCAAACUCCAGAGUCCUUUCUUUGAACUGCUGCAGACAAUCUGAGCUGGGCUUUAGUGGGGGAGGGGCUUGGCAGUCAUCAAAAGCCCUGGGCCUACUGAAAUGUGAACCUCUGCCUGGCGGCUUCAGACCUGUCCAGGCCCACACUGUCAGGACACCUGAAGGGAGCUGGGUGACUGGUGUGGGCAAGACUCUGUUGGUUUAGUUCUUAGUUCCUUUCUAUACAAUCAGACUGAGUGCUUCAUUUACUCUCUUGUAAAGGGAUACAAUGAAAAUAAUGGUUUAGAGUAGGGAUUUCGCUAGUAUUUUCUCUGCAUUUGCUAAUUUGAUGAAUGACAGUGAGGAGGAGCACCUAGCACCCGGCAUUUCGGCGUAAGUGGCGUCUGGUAGACAGGAGGGUUCUCACGAUCUUCUGAUCCCUGCCUUGUACCAUCCUCACCUGCUGGGACGCUAUGGCUCACUUCAGGACAGUCCACAGCACUUCAUCCACCGGGAAGACAGCAAGAAAAUUCCAAAAACUUUGCUCUCACACGGUUCUUUUCAAAUUCUGGUUCUGUAUCUUCCUAGUGACCUGGGCAAGGUGUUGGUCUUUCUGGGCCUUCGUUUCCUCAUCUGCAAAUGGGACUAAUAAGGUAUCUAUCUUCCAGGUGGCUGACAGGAUUUAAACAAGAGAUGUUAUUCAGCUGGGCCAGUUUAAGCAUGUUAUCCCAGCAUUUGAGGGGUAGAGGCAGGAGGAUCAAGAAUCCAAGGUUGCCCUGAGCAAUACAGGAAGUUUGAAACAGGAAUGGACUACAUAAAUAAGACCCUGUCUCAAAAAUAAACCAACCAACAAAAGCCAAACCAACAGAGAUGCAGAUCAGCCCAGCAGUGGCAGGUGAUCCAAAAAUAUGGCCUGUCACCCCUUCAGAAAAUUCAAGUCAUGGACCAUUCGUGUCAAGAAUUAAAAUAUAACUGUAUUAUGUGCAGGAAAAGCAGAAAUAUGUUCACUUACUUUUUAUUCCCAACAGGAUUAACUGUGAAGACUAACUUAUAAAUGUGAAUUUAAGGAAACUGAA